AUGGUCAAGGAGGUGGAGACAAGGUUCUGCAGCAGAUGGCCGAAAGGCCAAGCAAUUCAGGUGGGCAACAGCUACAGGCACGUGUCUCCCAGCGAGGUGCAAGCUCGCGCCGAACGUGGGCAUUAUGGCUCCCAAGAGCCGCAACCCGGCCUUGAACGAAGCAACACUAAACUGCGCAAAGACCAAUGUGCUCCGAAGGGGGAUCUGGGAUACAUGCGCCUCAUGCGCAAACAGCGCAUUCAGGUCUGGCCUUCGCCAGAUGUUGUGGAGUGCAUGGGUGCCAAGGAUGUCUUGUGCAAGGUGGCCGGUCUGAGCAUUGGCUUAUCUGACACCUUGGCUUACACGACGGCUGAUCAUUUUUCUUUCUGCUUCAGAAAGACGAUGGCCUUUCAGCCUCGUGUCGUCCAAGCGAGCAGAUGCACUUCCGGCGAAGGUAUGUGGACGAUCAAGCUCAUGGCAGGCAAUUAUUGCCGGAUUUAUGGGGAGAGGGCUUGCGCCGAUGAUGAGGUGCUGCAUUUGACGGAGGCCAACGACAAUCACUCUGAGCAGCACACCGUUGCAGAAUUCAUCGAGUUUGUGUCAAUGGCCACACAGGGCGAGCUGCGGUUCAACAUGCUGGGCGACGUGCUGGUAAGCAUCAUCCACCAGACGCCAAACGAGGUGGCAGAUGGUACGGGUUCCAACAGCACUGUCUAUGCGCCUGAGGUGCCGGCCUACUUCACAGCUGUGGUGGAAGUCUUGGUGCGCGGCCAAGACAAAUGGGACUGCACCGACUCCAUCUCCAGAUCGGCGGUGGCUUGGCUGCUGCAGCGGGGUGCCCCGGUGGCCGCACUGUUGCCCGAAGAGCCAGGUCCAGCGGCCCUUGGCAUCCGACUCCGCGGACUGAAGCUGCUGCAGGAUCUGGGGCAGCAGGCCGCACCAGCAGCGGCAUCCAUAGCAGGCUGCCUGCGCGAUCCAGAGGUUCGUGGUCGGCGUGCUGCCGCAGAGGCCCUCGCCGCGCUGGAGGUGACCGGCGACGUGGCACCUCGCGCGGUGCCCCGGCUUCGCAGGCUGCUGGAGCAGGAGCCGGACCCGCAGUGUCGGGUAGCAGCAGCCCGCGCCCUGGGCUCCUUGGGCAGAGACGGCUGCUUGGCCGCUGAAGAAGCUUUGUGGCACCAAGACCUGGAUGUGCGUGGUCUCGCUUGCGUGGCACUAGAAGCUUCCAAGGAGGCGCAGGGUGCC